CUUCUGUGGAACUAUAAACUUAAUCUGACCACAGAUCCAAAGUUUGAGUCGGUGGCCAUGGAGGUCUGCAAGAGCACCAUCAAUGAGAUUAAGGAGUGUAACGAGGAGGAGCGGGGGAGGGGCUACCUGGUGUCCUGUCUGGUGGAUCACCGUGCCAACGUCAGCGAGUACCAGUGCAACCAGUACAUCACCAAGAUGACCAGCAUCGUCUUCAGCGACUACAGACUGAUCUGCGGCUUCAUGGACAAAUGUAAAGACGACAUCAACAGCCUGCGCUGCGGCAGCAUCAACGUGGGUCACAAGGACGUCCACUCUCAGGGCGAGGUCAUCGCCUGUCUGGAGAAGGCGCUGGUUCGGGAGGCGGAGCAGCAGGAUCACGUUCAUCCAAUCAAAGAGGAGUGCCAGAGGGCCAUCCUGCGGGUGGCGGAGCUGUCGUCGGACGACUUUCACCUCGACCGACAUCUUUACUUCUCCUGCAGAGCCGACCGCGAGAGAUUCUGUCGUAACACUCAGGCAGGGGAAGGGAAAGUCUACAAGUGUCUGUUCAAUCACAAGUUCGAGGAGGCCAUGUCAGAAAAGUGCCGUGACGCUCUGACCACCCGUCAGAAGCUGAUCUCUCAGGACUACAAAGUCAGUUACUCUCUGGCUAAAGCCUGUAAGGUGGACCUGAGGAAGCAGCGUUGCAGCCUGGAUGCCAACCUGCCGCGAGCGCGCGAGGCCCGGCUGUCCUACCUGCUGCUGUGUCUGGAGGCUGCCGUGCACCGCGGUCGUCCGGUCAGCGGCGAGUGUCAGGGGGAGAUGCUGGACUACCGGCGGAUGCUUAUGGAGGAUUUCUCCCUGAGUCCGGAGAUCGUUCUGCACUGCCGCACGGAGAUCGAGGCUCACUGCUCUGGCUUGCACCGCAAAGGCCGCACUCUGCACUGCCUGAUGAGAGUCGGACGCGGCGACCGCAGCACCACGGUCGACAGCAUCUGCCAGAGCGCCCUGCAGACUUUGAUCCAGUCCGCCGACCCCGGAGCCGACUACAGGAUCGACCGGGCGCUCAACGAGGCCUGCGAGUCCGUCAUCCAGACCUCCUGCAAACACAUCCGCACCGGAGACCCAAUGAUCCUCUCGUGCCUGAUGGAGCACCUGUACACGGAGAAGAUGGUGGAGGACUGUGAGCACCGGCUGUUGGAGCUGCAGUAUUUCAUAUCCAGAGACUGGAAAUUGGACCCCGUCCUGUAUAAGAAGUGUCAGGGUGACGCUGCUCGCCUCUGCCACACACACGGCUGGAACGAGACCAGCGAGCUGAUGCCGCCGGGCGCCGUCUUCUCCUGUCUGUACCGCCACGCCUACCGCACCGAGGAGCAGGGACGCCGGUUAUCUCGGGACUGUAAGGUGGAGGUUCAGAGGAUUCUCCGUCAGAGGGCGCUGGAUGUGAAGUUGGACCCCGAGCUGCAGAGACGCUGCAUGACCGACCUCGGCAAGUGGUGCAGCGAGAAGACGGACGCUGGACAGGAGCUGGAGUGUCUGCAGGAUCAUUUGGAGGACCUGGUGUCAGCCUGCAGGGAGGUUGUGGGCAACCUGACCGAGCUGGAGUCAGAGGACAUUCAGAUUGACGCUCUGCUCAUCAGAGCCUGUGAGCCCGUGACUCAGGCCCACUGCCAUGAUGUAGCUGAUAACCAGAUGGAUACAGGUGAUCUGAUGGAGUGUUUGGUUCAGAACAAACACCAGAAGGAGAUGAACGAGAAGUGUACAGUCGGCGUUACACACUUCCAGCUGGUUCAAAUGAAGGAUUUCCGGUUCUCCUAUAAGUUCAAGAUGGCCUGCAAGGAGGACGUUCUCCGCUUGUGUCCAAACCAAAAAAAGGCAGUGGACGUCGUCCUCUGUCUCAGCACCACGGUGAAGAACGACACGCUGCAGGAGGCCAGGGAGCACGGGUUUCACUCAAUGUCGUAAACAGCUGCUGUGGAGGAGCUGGAGAUGUCGGAGGAUAUUCGGUUGGAGCCCGAGCUGUACGAUCCCUGUAAGUCGGACAUCAGCCGCCUGUGUCCCAACGUGGCCUUCGGUAACGCUCAGAUGAUCGAGUGUCUGAAGGAGCAGAAGAAGCAGCUGAGUCAGCGCUGCCACCAGCGGAUCUUCAGGCUGCAGGAGGUGGAGAUGACCGACCCCGAGCUCGACUACCAGCUCAUGAGAGUCUGCAAGCAGAUGAUCAAGCGGUUCUGUACCGACGCCGAUGCCAGAAACGUCCUUCAGUGUCUGAAACAGAACAAGAACAGCGAGUUGAUGGAUCCCAAGUGUAAACAGAUGAUCACCAAGAGACAGAUCACGCAGAACACGGACUACAGGUUGAACCCGCUGUUGAGAAAGGCUUGUCGAGCCGACAUCCCAAAGUUCUGCCAGCCCAUCCUGAACAAGGCGAGCGAGGACAGCGAGCUGGAGGGCCAGGUCAUCGCCUGCCUCAAACUCAAAUACGCUGACCAGAAGUUGUCUUCAGAUUGUGAAGACCAGAUCCGAGUGAUUCUGCAGGAGUCAGCGCUCGACUACAGACUCGACCCACAGCUGCAGAUGCACUGCACAGAUGAGAUCUCCAGGUUGUGUGCGGAGGAGGCAGCAGCUCAGGAGCAGACCGGUCAGGUGGAAGAAUGUCUGAAAGUCAAUUUGCUGAAAAUCAAACUGGAAGCUUGUAAAAAGGAAGUCCUGAACAUGCUGAAGGAGAGUAAGGCGGACAUCUUUGUGGACCCGGUCCUCCACACAGCCUGCGCUCUGGACCUCAAACACCACUGUGCUGCCAUCAUGCCCGGCAGAGGACGACAGAUGUCGUGUCUGAUGGAGGCGCUACAGGACAAGAGGGUUCGUCUGCAGCCCGAGUGUAAGAAAAGACUUCAGGACCGCAUCGACAUGUGGAGCUACGCUGCCAAGAUGGCGCCAGCGGAGGGCUUCUCAGACCUGGCCGUGCAGGUGAUGACGUCGCCGUCCAAGAACUACAUCCUGCUCAUGAUCGCGCUGAGCGUGUGCAUCCUCUUCCUGGUGGGUCUGCUGUGUGGACGGAUCACCAAGCGAGUGACGAGGGAACUGAAGGACCGGUAGAGGACCAGAGCGCUCUAACAAAAGACUGACUCCUCGCACCUUCCUCCUCCUCCUCCUCCUCUUCUUCUUCCUCUCUCAGAUGCCCGGUCUGUAACCAGCCAACCUGCGCAGUGCCAACGCCAGUGCCCGCAAUUGGAACCCGUCUGUUUAGUGGCUGCUGCUGAAUAGUUGCAUCAAAAUGUAAAAUGGUCCCCCGACUCUCACGGAAACCUUAAAUUCCCUCCACCUGGGCAUCUCCAUCUGAUCGUCGGAUUGGAGUGAUUUCUUUUAUUUUUUCCUCGUUGGUAUUUCUAGCCCCCCCCACCACACAUCUGCUUUUGCCGAGGAUGUUGUCUGGGGUUGGAUGUGAAAUCUUCUGACAUCUUUUAAGUUUCCAAAUAAGCGCUGUUGAUGUGACUGAGGGCUGCUGCUUCUGAGGUCCGGAUUGCUUUCCACUCUUUGAGUCCUGAUGCUUGUUUUUGUGAUAUUUAACGGAGACUGGAGCAUGUAGAGCAACAGGACGUAGUUUUGUUUUUGACCUUCCUUUUUUUUUUUUAUCUAAGUGACUGUGGUUGCCUGAAUCGCACACGGAAAACUCAAACUUUUGGGGUUGAAUUCUUUGAGACGUUCCGGUUGCUUUUCAAAAGUUUUCUUAUGAAUCAUGAAGUCUCAUCCUCUUCGCUCCUGCACAGGAUCACGUCCGGCUCUCCGCAUCAAGUUUUGGAUUCUUCUGGAUGUUUUCACCACGAUCUGUGUCGUCCCCUGUUCUGUUGCCUUUUAAUGAACUCAAUCUGUCACAUAACACACACACUGAGGCUUCAUCUUCUGCAUUAUUUACCUGAACCUGGCUGUGCACAAACAUGAGCGGUUAAUUUUCUGUAACUUGUGUAACUGACAUUGUUCUCUGCAUACGAAGCUCUGUCUGAUAACGGAUGUAUCGAAGACAUACUGUAGGUCAGACUUUAUUAUUAAACCUGCGUCGAGCUGCAAACAUGAUAAUGAUUUCCCCUCGGACUCGUUUACUCUGCAGGCCUUUGGGCCCAGCCCUAAUGAUAUUUUGCCAUGAUUUAAGUUAGUUAGUUUCUACCUUUUUGUUUAAAGUGCAUUUACACUCCUACAUGUACACAACCAGUAAAUAAACUUCAGACAUUAUGCUUAACAUUGUCACUCAGAGGUGAAUAAUACAUUUGAAUGCCAUUUCCUCACAUAGAAAGUUACUUAAGGAUGACUUAUAACUUUAAUUGUAACUGAGAUGCACAUUUUUUUUUCCUGAUUGACAAAAUAUUUAAUUUUGCACUUUAACUUGAAGCCCGUCACAUCUGCAGUGUGCUGACAUCACGGGACCGGAGCCUCGUUCAUCUUUCAUUUGUUAAAAAAAAAAAAAAAAAAAAUAGAUUUAAAAAAGAAAAAAAAUAGAUUUAAAAAAAAAAAAAUUCUAAAGUAACCUCAGCUUUCUUUUUAGCAAACGUUUUGCAGCUUUUGGUUGUAUAAUAUUUGUGAAUUAAAAACAGGAGUUAACAUACAGAUGAGACGUGUGUGUGCAGCACAUUCACUCACAAGGUUUUCUCAUUUACUAAAGUUAAUGAAGCUAAAGUAGCAGAUCAUGAGAACACGUUGUCGAAGCAUUAGGAGUGAAAAAAAGAAACGUCCCGUACACCAGUGGUUCUCAACCGUUCCCUUUCUCUCCCAAACCACUCUGGUGACCGCCACAAGUCAUAUUGCGACCUCCCCCUAGGGGGUCCCGACCCCCGGGUUGAGAACCACUGCUCUACGGUGAGACAGAACAGCAAGCGCUCGCUGCUUUGAGCGGUUCAAAAAAAAAUAAAAAGAUCAGAACCAGUUUAUUUCCUUUUAACAUUAUGCCAUGUAACAUGAAGACGUAACAGAUUUAUCAUUGUGAAGUUUGAUUUUGCUGUACAGAGAAACAUUUGUCAAUUUAAUAAAACUGUCUGCAGGUUUUCAUA